CCUUUCCUUGUUUCUUCUCUUUUUUUCAUCUGUUUCAUCUUUCUCGUUCAUUUUCCCAUGUUGAAACUUUCCAGCUUUAACAAGACAACAACAACAGAUUAACCUUCAGCCAUCUCAACAAUUAACCGGUUAAUUUAUUCGACUAGCCAACAAGUUAAUUUGCUUUCAAUUUAUUUCAACCAUUUGCAUUUACAUAUAAAUUCACUUUCAAACAUCAACGUUUCUACCUAUCAACGAACAUUGGAAUCUAAUUAGCCAGAAAAUUCAAGUCAAACUUUUUCUAAUUAUUUUGUUCUCCAAUCCAACUUCACCUCUAACAUUUAAAAAACGGAUUUUUAAUCAAUUCAUUUUCAUUGUUGACCAGUUGUAUAUUAUAAAUUCAAGUGUUGCUUUGCUGUUAUGUUUGAAAUCAACUCACCUAACUUUAUCCAGAUUUUUAUGUUUCUCUCAUCAAUGUCCAGCCAUGUCUCACCACGAUGAACUCAUCUCGAUGUGAUUAUCAUGUUUUCUGUCACUAAACCAUUUCAUCAACAUUGCUGUUUGACCUGAUUGGAAUUGAAAUCGGCAAAAGCAAGUGUAGACCCAGACAAGAUACUAUUUUCAAUAUCAUUUUUUUUCCCUCCUUUUGUUUACCAGAUUUUCACAGUUUCUCGAGUAUUCCUAAGUUCAAUUAUGUGUGAUAUGAUUGUUAUCAGUAAAUUUUUGUGUCAAUAACAUCUGUAAAUUGUCCAAGCAAUAAGUAGAGGAACCAACGUGAUCCAAUUUAACUUAACCUUAAAACAUCUUAAUCGAUAUAUAAUCCUGUGAAUGUGAUCCAAAAAAUUGAUGGAAAUCAUUAAUCACCAGAGAUCUCUUUUGUUAAUUACAUUGCAACCCUCUUCCCCAAUAACUUUAAUCAAUUUAAUCAACUGGACCGGGUUUUGGAUUAUUUUAUCAUUAAUUCCAGGCUCAUUACUUCGUAAUGCUUGUCCCCAGCGGUCAUUAAUUAAACCUUGUUCGUGCCAAGAGAAAAGUAAAGGUUUCGACAUUCUCUGUGAAGGAGCUGAAAUGGGUGAAUUGAAGGAAGCAAUUGGUAAUAUCGCUCAAACUGGACAUGCAGUCAAUUACCUUAAGUUUCGUAAAAAUUCAUUAACCAUUUUCCCAGCCUUUUUGUUAGACGGUCUUGAUGUUACCCAUUUAAUUGCUCACCAUUGUAAUAUAAGCUCAAUCGAAGAGACAGCCUUUAUUGGUUUAUCAGAUAAACUCGAGUCCGUUCCAACAAAAUCGUUAGAAAAGUUGACUUUUCUUGUAUCAUUACAUUUAAAUUACAACAACAUUCAAGUGCUUCAUUAUGGUGCAUUCCGUGGACUUAUAUCACUUCUCCGUCUUUCACUUUACGGUAACAAGAUAAAAACUAUUGAUCCAAACGUUUUCCAUGGGAUUGGAGGUAAUUUAACUCGAAUCAACCUUGGUGCCAAUCAAUUAACAUCAAUAGAUUCAUCGAGUUUCUUCAAUUUAACAACCCUUAAGGUAAAUAUGGAAACAUCAAGAAAAUGUUGGGAAAUAAAAAUGAACAUCAAAUGGUUGGCUUCGCUUUCAAUCUGUAAAGUGAAAACUUGAAAAGCCAAAAGGAAC